AUGGCAGUUCAACAAUGGAUCACGCCCUUGAAGGGCCUCGACAGUCUCAGUCGCGCUGGGGCCCCAAUGCCCGCCCCGGGAGCAAACGAGGUUCUCGUCGAAAUUCGCGCCGUGUCUCUGAACUACCGCGACGUGGAAGGUAAGUGUGCCAAGGCCUAUCAUGGGCCAACUGCUGAUCAAUUGAUAGUCACAAAGGGCGAAUAUAAACACCACAAGACCGCCGAGCAAGAUGCCACCAUUGUGCCAUGCUCCGAUAUGUGCGGAGUCGUCACUCAGAUUGGCGCGGGCGUGACAAAAUGGGCCGUCGGCGACCGUGUGCUGUCGACUUUCCUCCCCGAUCACCAAACCGGCCAAGUCACCGAAAAGGAACUUAGCAGAAGCUUGGGACUGCCUCAGGAUGGUGUCCUGGCUUCUCACCGAGUCUUCCCCGACUACGGCCUGGUCAAGGCUCCUAGUUUCAUGUCCGACGAGGAAGCAGCGACUCUCCCGAUUGCGUCGGUGACUGCUUGGAUGUCCAUCAAUGGAAUGCGCCCGAUCGGACAGAGUGGUGGGAAGGAUGAAUACAUUUUGCUUCAGGGAACCGGUGGUGUGGCUAUUGCGGGGCUACAGAUCGCUAAGGCGGCCGGAGCUAAAGUUAUCAUCACUUCUUCGUCUGAUGCUAAAUUGGACCAAGCCAAACAACUGGGUGCUGAUUUCACAAUCAACUACCGGACCAAUCCCAACUGGGAAGCCGAGGUGAUGAAGUACACACAGAACCACGGCGCCGAUAUUAUUCUCGAAGUCGGCGGUGCGAAGACUCUCCGGAAGAGCUUUGAUUGUAUUGCCUUCGGUGGUCUUAUUGACUGCAUCGGCUACGUGUCUGGCAAGAUGGAUGCCGACGAUGACCGUUUGAACGUGAACCUGCUGGCUCUCCGUCGCACAGUGACUCUCAAGGGAAUCAUCAACGGUCCCAAAGACCGAUUUGAAGAGAUGACCCGUUUCUACGAGGACCACCAGGUCCGCCCAGUGGUCAACCGGGUGUUCUCGUUCGCUGAAGCUAAAGAAGCGUUCGAGUUCUUGGAAAGCGGAAGUCACUUUGGAAAAGUAGUCAUCAAGGUCCAAUAG